AUGCCAUACAUUCCUCACCCACCGUCCUCAUCCAAUGUUCAAAUUGCUCUUCACCCACCAUCUAUAUCUCUUAACCCAACAUUUAUCACGCUGUAUCGUUAUCCACGAAACCGACCCCUACAACCGUCCUUCACCACUCUACCAUCCCAAAUCCCCUUCACCAAACGCAAACCCUUCAUCGUCCUACAUUCCGAAGUUCUAGCGCCGCAGCCCCAACUCUAUUACGCGAUGGAACCAUCCGCAAGCCACACCAUCAGCACGACCGCCCCCCCAGAAGCACAGAGUCCCAAAACUGCGAACCUACCGCACGAAACCCGUCGGGAAGACGCGCAUCUAUCCAAGUACCACCGCGUCGCGCACGACUACAGCGAGAUGAGCGACGCGGAGAAGAAAAAAUUCAAGGAGCUGCUGAGGAAUCCCGAGGAGGUCUUCUCCCUUGACCGGCUGGAGUACAUGCAUGAGAUUUACAUGAACUGGCUUAAGGUGACCUGUACGAUGGACGGGGAGCCGUCAUUCUAUGACACGGAUGAGAUACGCGAGAAGCCGCCUUUGAUUAUGGGCCUGUUCAAGAUGUACAGUGAGACUGCGCUGUGGAUGCUGAAGAAGUCGUGCUUCUCGGUUUUGUACCUUAUGGUCGCUGAUGUGGUUACGGAGGCGAAUAAUGGGGAUACAGCGACUUCGAAGAGCAGUAGCGGCAGCAGCAGUAAUCUGGUGGUGGAUAGUACCCCGGCUCAAAGCAUCCGCCUUGAGGCUGUCAAAGAUCAUAAUAUCGAGGUAUCCCGGUACGUCGAAGCGAGGAACGUCCUGGUCACCUACGAAGGGGGGCUGGAUAUCGCCGUCCUAGGUAGGACUGAAGAGGAGAGGUACGUCCGCUGCUGCUUCAGAAUCGCAGGGGACAACGAGGAUCAAGAAGCGGCGACGGAGGCGAUCAAGCGCUACAUGGCCACGGCUCAGGAGGUCGAACGGCGCUGCCAGGGACAAUGUCGCCCGAUCCUGGGGUGCGUCACCGAUGGGUUGAACGUUUCGUUCUGCGAAUUGGAUGCAUCGCGCGUGUAUCGUGAUACCAGGUUUCGAGACGCUAUGCAGCAGCUGCACUCGGAUAAUAAAGACUGUCCUGACUCGAUGACCCGGGUGUAUUACAAUCUCAGGCGCAUGAUUGAGAAGGCGGGCAGGGAUGCUGGUAAGCCUGGCCCGGCUCCGAGGCGCAAGUCGACGGGGAGCCAAACCGAUGAUAGCCCAUUGCCCUCUUCGUCGUCCUCUACCGUCGGCAAGGAGCGGUCUUUGAGCGCACCUGCUUACAACAUUGUGGAGCGCGGCAGGAUUGCAUAUCCUCGGCUUUCGUCUUCGUGA